AUGUCAGCAAGUAUUGUUGAGCAAUACCAAAAUAGCGAAGACAAUGAUCUCAGAUACAUGGCUCUUAGAGAGCAUUUUUUGCACAUUCAAGAUCCAAUGGACGAUCAAAUGCUGCUUGAUACAACGUCACGUGUUCUAAUACCAGCACUCAACGAUCGAGAUCGAGCCAUUUCAGAGCUUGUGUCGACCCAAAUUCUGCCCCACAUUGCUGAGAUAAAUGUCUUGGAAGCCGAGAUGUGUGUAAUUUUGCCACUGUGCGAAAAUCUAUUGGAAACGACCUCUCAUGUCCACAGCAGCCCUCCAGUUCUGCAAGCGCUGAAAAACGUCCUUUCACGCUCCAAUAGUCCAUUGCAGACUUCCAAACCCCUCGAAAGAUUUUGCGAAACACUGGCUUUGCUAAGGAUAAGGCCUUACAUGGUUUGGGAUACGUUGUCGUUGCUGCUAGAAAGAACUCCUGUGACGCUAUCAGCACACGUGAUCCAAUCCCAGUAUUCCACGCUCUAUCGUCUGGCGCUGAGUGACGGAGGAUCAGCAGCCAUGAUCGCUCUUCGUACAGCCACCGGCAAGGUUUCUGCUGAAACGGUUCUGUCAACUUUCGAAGAAAAUCGAGAGUUUACAGACGUUCAUUUGAAGCUUCUGUCAUACAUCACAAGCGAACAGGUAGCAUUCCGUUUGCUUUACCCCGAGCUCAUUGACAAGUUGCUGCAGGUUCAGCUCACAGAAUACGCAUGCAAGACGCUCGUCAAUCUUUCUGUCUGGCUACAGCAGCCGGCUAUGAGUGAAAGCUCAAACCUAAAAACAGAGCUCCAACACCGGUUAUUUGCUAAAUGUUACGAUGUUCUUGCCGAUUAUGCCGAAAAGAUGGAAACGGACUCUGAAAAUGAAGAGGACUCCGAACAGGAAGCAUACUUCAAGGAGUUAUCGGCAGACGGUUAUGGUGAAGGUGUUAUGUUCGAAGAUGAAGGAAAAGACGAAGCUUACCAAAGUUCGAGUGAAUUACCACCAACGGUCGAUAGUUGGCUAAAAUUGCUACAGCAGAUAAAGCUGCGUCUGCCUCAGACAAUCGUCUCGAUUCUUGCAUCGCCAAAAUUCGCGAAAGUUCGGGAUUGCUUCCCAGUUCAGGAUGGAAGAUCGGGUGAUGAGACAGUUUCCCGCAAAAUUGACGAAAUAACAAACGAAGGUAAUUUGCAGCUCGGUGUGGAGCCUGACCUUAUUUCUUCGGGUGCUCCAAACUUACCAACAGAUGCAGACUUGACCGAAAAAAUCAGCAACUUUAGUGAAGCUUUGAAUAUCACUGAGGCUCCCAAGGAAACCGGUAUACGCUGGCUGUACAGCAUGCUGAGUACCGACGAAAGCAAUCUGGCGGAUCUGGAAAUGGCAGUGGAUGCUGCGUCGGCGCUUUCAAGGCGUGAAGACAUGCAGGACAUGCACGAUUUUAUUGCUGAAUUACUAUGGCCACAUCUGAAGCCCAAUAAACUUUUCAUCGGAACCGUCAAGGUUGGAAACAUGAAGCAGUCUAUCGAUGACGGCGUUUCGUUCCGAAUAAACUGCUACGCAUUGAUUCAACAAUUGCAGUUGUCCUACGGAUCCCAAUGCAGAACCCUGGAGGAAUGCGUGGAAAGAGGGUUCAAAGACGAAGCAGAAAUCAAAGAAGUAUCAGCCGCGCUCUUCAAUUCCAUUUUCACCCAGAUCUGGCCAGAAAUAGAGAUCCGCGACGCUUGUUGGUUGCGCGACAAGCUCUGGACAAGAAUUCAAGACAGGCUCAAUAAAGCGCUCGCUACGAAGCCCAACGACUCCUCAACAUCUCACCAGAUCUCGAAUUGGACCAGGGGAAUAGUCAGUCUGGAUACUGUUCGGGGAUUAGUGGGUACCGCGCUACACAACCCACCCGUACUAGUCGAUCAGGACAGAAGCCAAUAA